UUGAAUGGAUGAUCCUCACCACCAUCAUUGCAAACUGCAUCGUCCUGGCUCUGGAACAGCACCUUCCCGAUGGAGACAAGACACCUCUGUCGGAACGACUGGAGGAGACGGAGCCCUACUUCAUAGCCAUCUUCUGUUUUGAGUCGGGGAUAAAGAUCCUGGCUCUGGGUUUUGCGUUACAUAAGGGCUCCUACCUGAGGAACGGCUGGAACGUCAUGGACUUUGUGGUCGUGCUCACCGGUAUUUUGUCGUCAGUGGGGUCUCAGCUUGACCUGAGGACUCUACGAGCUGUCAGAGUGCUUCGACCACUAAAACUGGUGUCUGGGAUUCCCAGCCUGCAGGUGGUGCUCAAGUCCAUUAUGAAGGCUAUGAUCCCCCUGCUGCAGAUUGGCCUGCUGCUGUUCGUGGCCAUCCUCAUGUUCGCCAUCAUCGGCCUGGAGUUCUACAUGGGAAAGUUCCACAGAACCUGUUACGAUAAAAACACAGGAGAGACAGUGGAUGAAUUGCCAUGUGGCGAUGAGUUGCCGUCCCGGUUGUGUCCUAACGGCACGGAGUGUAAAAGCGGCUGGCUAGGACCCAACUACGGCAUCACCCAGUUCGACAACAUCCUGUUCGCCGUGCUCACCGUCUUCCAGUGCAUCACCAUGGAGGGAUGGACAGACAUGCUCUACUACAGUAACGAUGUGGAGGGCAGCGCCUGGAACUGGAUGUACUACAUCCCCCUCAUCAUCAUCGGCUCCUUCUUCAUGCUCAACCUGGUGCUGGGUGUACUCUCAGGUGAAUUUGCCAAAGAGAGAGAGCGAGUGGAGAACAGGAGCGAGUUCCUCAAGCUGAGGCGACAGCAGCAGAUCGAGAGAGAGCUCAACGGAUACCUGGAGUGGAUCUGCAAAGCAGAGGAGGUGAUUCUGGCUGAGGAAGACGGCACAGGGAACUUUGAUGGUUCGAGACGAAGGCCGACCAUCAAAACCAAAAACAACAAGACUGAACUUCUGAACCCAGAGGAAGGAGAGGACAACAUAGGAGAUGCAGUAGGUUUCGCCCGCUCCAGUAUAAAGAGCGGUAAAGACGGCUCCAAUUACAGUAAGAAGGAGCGACGGAUGCGAUUCUUUAUCCGCAAGAUAGUGAAGACGCAGGCUUUCUAUUGGACGGUGCUCUGCCUGGUGGGCCUCAACACCAUGUGUGUGGCUGUGGUGCAUUACAACCAGCCUGAGCUGCUGUCCGACUUCCUGUUCUAUGCAGAGUUCAUCUUCCUCGGUUUGUUCAUGUCUGAGAUGCUGAUCAAGAUGUAUGGUCUGGGCAUUCAGCCCUACUUUCACUCCUCAUUCAACUGCUUUGACUGUGUGGUAAUUGUGGGCAGUAUUUUCGAGGUAGUGUGGGCCACCAUCAAACCGGGCACAUCCUUCGGGAUCAGUGUGUUACGAGCUCUGCGACUUCUCCGCAUCUUCAAAGUCACCAAGUACUGGGCUCCUCUUCGUAACCUGGUGGUUUCUUUGCUAAACUCCAUGAAGUCCAUCGUCAGUUUGCUCUUCCUCCUCUUUCUCUUCAUCGUGGUUUUCGCCUUGUUGGGGAUGCAGCUGUUUGGUGGACAAUUCAACUUUGAAACUGGAACUCCGCCCACUAACUUUGACACAUUUGCAGCAGCGAUCAUGACAGUGUUUCAGAUUCUUACUGGAGAGGAUUGGAACAUGGUGAUGUAUGAUGGCAUCGAGUCCCAGGGAGGAGUGAACGACAAAGGGAUGGUUUUCUCCAUUUUCUUCAUUGUCCUCACACUCUUCGGCAACUACACUCUACUUAACGUCUUCUUGGCCAUCGCUGUCGACAACCUGGCCAAUGCCCAGGAGCUCACCAAGGACGAGGAGGAACAGGAGGAGGCAGCCAAUCAGAAGACAGCGCUGCAGAAAGCGAAGGAGGUGGCCGAGGUCAGCCCGCUGUCAGCAGCCAACCUGUCUAUUGCUGCUAAAGAGCAGCAGAAGAACCACAUCAAGGGCAACAAGUCGGUGUGGGAGCAGAGAACGAGCGAGAUCCGCCGACAGAACCUGAUGACGAGUCGCGAGGCGCUCUACAACGAGCUGGAGCAGGAUGACUGGAAGGUGGGAGGGGAGGGAGAGGAGGUGUCCUACCCACGGAAAGGACGUGGUGACAUGAAGACCCAUUUGGACCGUCCGCUGGUGGUCAACCCGCAGGACAACCGCAACAACAACACCAACAAGACCCAACCCGGUGAGCUGCCUCUGGAUCAGGAAUAUCGGCGGCAAGACGUCGACCACUACCGCCGCGCGGCCCACUAUUAUCGCUACCACCACCAUCACCAUCAGAAAGCCAUCGGACCUAUCAGCGAGCAGCCGGGCCAGCCGACGGAGACACGCAUGGAGCAUGGCUUUAGCUGCACGUCCCUUGGUAACGUGGAGGGUCAGCAAGGGGAGGAGAGGCACAGCCACAGGAGCCACCGGGGCCACCGGCACAGGAACAGGGAAGGCAGGGAGACUCGAAGCGUGUCUCCACGCCACAGCGAGAGGGGAGAGGGGGGAAACAACGAGCACAGGAGGUCCAGACAGCACCGCAGGGCAGCCAGAGAGGGGGAGGAGGGCAGGAGACACAGAUCCAGGGGGACGGAGGGAGAAGGAGAGAAGGGCGAAGAAGGAGAAGGGAGGAAGACGAGACGGCAUCGCCAUGGCAACCAGGAGAGAAGCAGAGGGCAUCGUACGAGAAAGGAGCACCACAGCACCGGUCCCAGCCUCUCCACCACACGACCCAUACAGCAGUACAAUGAGGACCUGGACAACUUCCGCAACAACAGCAAGUUGGCCAGCGCUCACGAACAUCCUUACGCCCUUCCACCAGACCACCCAGACCACCCCGACCACGUCAACAACCUGCUGAACUGCCGCGACGCAGAUACCCACACCCUGCUCCACAGCAUGGACAGUCUAAUUCUGACCAGUAUGGUCAAACCUGAAUACACAAGCAUAGACAUGCCCCCAGUUUACCCCUACCCCUCCACCAACGCCAUCUUGCAAGUGAACAAGAACGCCAACACCGACCAGAAGAAGAGCGAGGAGAAGAAGGAGGAGGAGGACGACGGAGGAGACGAAGACGGCCCUAAACCCAUGCCUCCCUACAGCUCCUGCUUCAUAAUGUCCACCACAAACCCGUUUCGGAAGUGCUGUCACUACAUCUUGACUCUGAAGUAUUUUGAGUUCAGCAUCCUGUCUGUCAUCGCUAUGAGCAGCAUCGCCCUCGCUGCAGAGGACCCUGUCUCACCUGACUCACCGAGAAACAAUGUGCUGCGUUAUUUUGACUACGUUUUCACAGGCGUCUUCACUUUUGAAAUGUUGAUCAAGAUGGUGGUGCUGGGCUUGUUUCUCCACCAGGGCUCCUACUUCCGCGACUUGUGGAACAUUCUGGACUUUAUAGUGGUUAGUGGUGCUCUGGUGGCCUUCGCCUUCACGGGGAGCAGCAAGGGCAAAGACAUCAGUACGAUCAAGUCCCUGCGUGUGCUGAGGGUGCUGCGUCCUCUUAAGACCAUCAAACGUCUCCCCAAGCUAAAGGCUGUGUUUGACUGUGUGGUCAACUCUCUGAAGAACGUGCUGAACAUCCUGAUUGUUUACAUGCUCUUCAUGUUCAUCUUCGCCGUGGUGGCCGUGCAGCUCUUCAAGGGCCGUUUCUUCUACUGCACGGACGAAUCCAAAGAGUUUGAGCGCGACUGCAGGGGCGAGUACUUAGUGUAUGAUAGGGAUGAGGUUAAAGCUCAGAAGCGGGAGUGGAAGAAGUACGAUUUCCACUACGACAAUGUGGCUUGGGCCCUGCUCACCCUCUUCACUGUCUCCACUGGAGAGGGGUGGCCGCAGGUGUUAAAGCACUCAGUGGACUCCACCUAUGAGAAUCAGGGCCCGAGCCCAGGUUAUAGGAUGGAAAUGUCCAUCUUUUACGUGGUGUACUUCGUUGUCUUCCCCUUCUUCUUCGUCAAUAUCUUUGUGGCUCUCAUCAUCAUCACCUUCCAGGAACAGGGGGAUAAGAUGAUGGAGGACUAUAGCUUAGAAAAGAAUGAGAGAGCCUGUAUAGAUUUCGCCAUCAAUGCCAGACCUCUGACUCGCCAUAUGCCAAAGAACAAACUGAGCUUCCAGUAUCGCAUGUGGCAGUUUGUGGUAUCUCCGCCCUUUGAGUACAGCAUCAUGGCUCUAAUCGCGCUUAACACCGUCGUCCUCAUGAUGAAGUUCGACGGUGCAUCAUUGACGUACGAUAAUGUACUGAAGAACCUCAACAUUGUGUUUACCACCUUCUUCUUCAUGGAAUCAGUCCUCAAGAUAAUCGCUUUCGGCCCUCUGAAUUACUUCAGAGACGCCUGGAACAUUUUUGAUUUUGUCUCUGUCCUUGGAAGCAUCACUGACAUAUUAGUUACAGAACUAGGGAAUAACUUCAUCAACCUGAGCUUCCUGAGGCUGUUCAGAGCAGCUCGCCUCAUCAAGCUGCUGAGACAGGGAGAGACCAUCCGCAUCUUGCUGUGGACCUUCGUCCAGUCCUUCAAGGCUCUGCCAUACGUGUGUCUGCUCAUUGCCAUGCUCUUCUUCAUCUAUGCCAUCAUUGGCAUGCAGUUGUUCGGGAACCUGGCACUAGAUGAGGAGGGAGAGAGUGCCAUCAACGAGCACAAUAACUUCAGAACCUUCAUCAUGGCUCUAAUGCUGCUGUUCAGGAGCGCUACAGGUGAAGCGUGGCAUGAGAUCAUGUUGGCUUGUCUGGGUGGUAAAGAAUGCGACCCAGAAUCAGGAAACACAGAACCUGAAUGUGGCAGCACCUUCGCCUACACCUACUUUGUCUCCUUCAUCUUCCUCUGCUCUUUCCUGAUGCUCAAUCUGUUUGUGGCCGUCAUCAUGGACAACUUUGAGUACCUGACCAGAGACUCUUCUAUCCUGGGACCGCAUCACCUGGACGAGUAUGUAAGGAUAUGGGCCGAGUACGACCCCGCUGCCUGCGGCCGGAUCAGUUACACAGACAUGUAUCAGAUGCUAAGACACAUGUGUCCGCCGCUAGGCCUCGGGAAGAGGUGUCCCGCCCGGGUCGCCUAUAAGAGGCUGCUGCGCAUGGAUCUGCCGGUUGCCGACGACAACACGGUACAUUUUAACUCCACCCUCAUGGCGCUGAUCAGGACAGCACUGGAUAUAAAGAUUGCCAAGGGCGGUGCAGACAAGCACCAAAUGGAUGCAGAGCUGAGAAAGGAGAUGAUGGCGAUUUGGCCGAACUUAUCGCAGAAGACACUGGACUUGCUGGUCACACCGCACAAGGCCACAGACUUGACGGUGGGCAAAAUCUACGCCGCCAUGAUGAUCAUGGAAUACUACCGGCAGAGCAAGACGAAAAAGCUGCAGGCCAUGCGAGAGGAACAGAACCGAACGCCAUUAAUGUUUCAGCGCAUGGAGCCACCCUCUGAGGGAGGGGGCACUGAUGGCCAGGGGGGACAGGGCCUGAAUGGCCUCCCCAGCACCCAGCCGGACAACGUCAACAGCAUACCUCCCGAAGGCGGCAUGACUGAGAGCCAGUCGUGGGUGACGGCCAAAGCCCAGGAAAUGUUCCGAAAGACGGGUAACUGGAGCCCCGAUAGACCCUACCCUGAUGAUCUCCACGACAACCGGCACAACCCACAGACGGUAGAGAUGAGGGAGAUGGGGCGGGACGGGUACUCCGACACUGAGCCCUAUCACCCAAUGGAUGGGCAUGGGCGGACCCUCUCCAUGCCCCGCCUCUCGGCAGACAACCAAAGAGCUCACGCUGCUUCGCGGAGGAGACACAGGCCUCGCGGAAAUAACCUCAGUACCAUCACAGACACCAGUCCGAUGCGUCGCUCCACCUCCAGCCUGGUCCACGGGCGCACAGGCCGGGGUGUGAGGCUGGAUGACUACUCCCUGGAGAGGGUGGUGUCCGAGGAGGGGAGGCACGGUGGGGGGCGAAGGCACAGGGACAGGAGUCACCGCGCCUCCCAGCGUUCCCUGACCAGAUACACCGACGCUGACACGGGUCUGGGCACAGACCUCAGCACCACCACGCAGUCGGGCGACUUGCCACCCAAGGAGCGUGAGCGGGACCGCGGCAGGACCAAGGACCGUCGUCACCACCAUCACCACCACCAUCACCACAGCUCCAUGGACCAGGAACGUUACGGCCCCGACCGCCACGACUACCCCCACAGGCAUCCUCACGACCGCCACUGGUCCCGCUCACCCAGCGAGGGGCCUGAUGGACGGGGUCACAGACAGGGCAGUAGUUCGGUGAGCGGCAGCCCGGUCCCCUCCACCUCGGGGACCAGCACUCCGCGGAGAGGCCGUCGCCAGCUGCCCCAGACCCCCGCUGUCCCCCGUCCACAUGUCACCUACUCCCCCGCUGUCCGCAAGCCCAGUUAUGGCCCUCCGGGGCCAGGCCGCCUGCGCUCACCUUCACCCCGACACUUCUCCCCACCAGACCAUGACAGAGGCUACCACCACCGACCCCCGUCACGCCACGGCUCUCCCCACCACGGGGGCUCUUCGUCCAGGCACGGUUCGCCACGCUCCCCUAGACACCAGUCCCCACGUUCGCCCCUCCACGGCUCGCCCAGGUCCCCUCACCGAGGCCGCUGGAGCGGACCUCCACCUGGGGACAGCCUGGAGGGCGACGGGCCUUUCUAUGAGCGUGACUACGAGUACGAGCGGCACCAUGAGCCCCCUGCCUAUGAGCAAAGCCUCUCCCAUGGCAACCCACACCCACAUGGGGGGAAUCCUCACCCACACCCACGCUCACCUAGGACUGCCCGCCACGGGCCCCCUCCGCCCCCUCACCCGCAUCCUCGCAGGGUUCCCAAUGGCUAUCGCUCAUCUUCACCUUCACCACAUCGGCGGGGACCACCCGGGGCGCCCCCCCACCCACACCACCGCCCACCCCAUGCCCGAGGGCCCCGCAAGGGCCUGCAUGAACCUUAUAGUGAGACGGAUGAGGAUGACUGGUGCUAGCGACCACAGGGAGCGAGGGAUAAGGGCAGAAGAGGAGAAGAACAGCAGCCUCCAGUGCUCUGGCCAUGAACAUGUAGACUUUUAACGAAGCAGAGGUGGUGGAGGAGAGGUUGGGGGGGAUCGGACGUCCUCCAAACCCUCCACCUUCACCCCUUGGACUCAAAAUGUGAGGAAGGGGCGGAGGGGAGGGGGGUGAUGGUGCUGCAAAUAGCUUUUUACACAUUUUGUGUAAGACUCAAAUCAGUGACAGAGCAGCAGACGGAAAAAUCGAUAAAGAGACAGCCAAGACAACUAGGGCAACGCCUGGGCACAGUUUACCUCUCCCUCUCUCAGUCUCAGAACUACACUUCCCUGAAUUCUCCAGCAAGGCCAGGCUGCAGGAGGAAGAGAGAAGUGUGGGAACAGGAAGCGAGGGAGAAGCAUGUCGUUGUUAAAAAAAAAAAAAGAAAAAGAAAAAAGAAAGGCCCGGGAUUAUCGCGGUUUACGAGGCCUAAAAGCACUUCUCCCAGACUGACACGUGAUUGGUUCGUUUUGUCAGAUCUGUGCUGUUUGUCGCUGGCCAGUCUGCUACUGUAAAAGCCUGAAAAUGAGCUGGAACACAGAGUCCACUGCUUCGACUCUGCUCCUUAACAGAUACUUUUAAAGGAAAAUAAAUUAAUAAAAAGCCAGGACCCCCUAACCCUUACAUGCCAAGCUAUGCCUCCAGAAAAAUCAAAAUUGAACAAUGAAGAACAAAAUGAAACUUUACAUGACAAACAAUGAAAAGAAAAAAAGGGAGAACAACCACUUUAUCUUUAACCUUUUCCUUUCCAAGGGACAUAACCAGGAAGCUCCGCCUAUACUGCAAAAACCAGCCAAUCACAGCGCUGGCUGAUAUUUGAUGAGUUUUAUCAUCUCUGUUUACUGUUAAAGACUCACUUAAUGCUGACGGAACUGGUGUGACAUCACUUCCUGUCUGGUGGUGGAAGUGGAGGGGGACGGGGCACGGUGUGAGCUCACUUCCUGUUCCAGUACACUUUGGAGGGAGGGGGGGUGGGCUAAGAUAACUAGAGAAGGGAGUCGGACACUUCGUCGAGCCCCUCCCUCCUCGGUUACUCGACUCGGCGCACGGCGAAGAAUAACCCGACAGGGAUUGACAUCACACGGUUGAAUGGGGCGGAGGAGAGGAAAGGAGGGAUGGGGAAAAAGACUAAUUUCUUCAGUAUUUCUUCUAUCAAUUACUUCUCCUUCUUGUUCUUCUUCGGACAUUGGAGCUUGGUUCUUCUGUUGCAUUCGCUCAGCCUCCUUUGAUCUUUUUCGGAGUCCAAAAUUUGAUGGAAACCUGCAUGAUUGAUUAAAUACAUACUAGAGAGGAAACCUAACUGGUGUGGGUGGGACCUGGGGGCUUUAUAGGAAACUUUGCAUUUAGGUUUACAAAAGAAGUUCUCUUUUCUCAGACUCUCUCUCUCUCUCUUUUACACCUCAAAAACGGUUUUCGCUUACUUUUUAACCCAGAACAGGCUUCGACAGUCGGCUGUUUUGUUUGUCUCAGUUUUCUGCCGAUAAAGUUUAAAACCUACGUUUCAACGACCUGUUAAAAGACAGGAAGCGCUGCGGGAUCACGUUCAAUUUUCCCGCCGCACAUGAGGAACAAGAGCGAGAAAGAGUAGAGAGAAACGGACUUCUUCCACACUUGAUUUAUUAUUGUUAAUGAUGAUAGUUUUAUGAAUAAUUAUAUCAAUGUCAAUGCAAAAUGACGAUGACAAUGAUGAUGAUGAUGAUGAUGAUGAUGAUACUGAUGAUGAUUGAUUGAUUGAUUGAUUGAUUGAUAGAACCUGUUGCUGUAGAUUUGUUGUCAUGUUAUUUGGAGUUCAAGUAUGCUAUGUCUCAUCUCGUUUACAUCCGUUAUGUUUUUAUCCCCACGUUCCAACAACGUUUACUGGGUUCCUGAUGCCUUCCUGCAACGUUUAGGGGCAAUGGUGGCUUGGGAACAUUCACUUAGCAGCGUUGCGUGUUGUAACGCAACUGUUAUGAUACACUCUCUUCAGAAUGGUGGAGGUGGAGGUCAGGGGAGUCUCAGUACCUGACUUGCAUUAAUUCAUGGGGUCAGUACUCUUGUCAAGCCAACCCAAAGAUCAAGAAGUUUUUACACCGCAAAGGUUUCAGACCAGCCUGAUCACACUACUCUCUUGUGUAGAUCAGUUGCCGGCAGUGACAGCACAGUAUUGGUGGUACAGUGUUUGUGUCAGUCAGUAUUAGGUGGUGGUGUUCUCUUUUUUUUCGCCAUCAGGGGGCAAUUAUCAGCAAACAUUAUCCUCCCUACCUUCCCCCUCUACAGGACAGCCUCCAGGCCACAUCCUGGUUUCUAGACCUGAAGUAAACCACCCUUCCACUUAUCUGAUUCUUAUACCUUUGUAAGAUAUACAGAUGAAGUCUAGUCCUAGUCAGGGGACGUGGAUGUAGCCUGGGAGAUGCCAUAUCUGUCCAUAUGUCCUUCCGUCCGUCCGUCCUUCUGUCUGCCUGUCUGUGCCAAUGCUGACCUCCCCCUCCAACCCCUUCUCUCAGGUCUGGAUAACCAAGUCACCAAAUCUCAACAGUCCAAUCGUAAGAGGUUGUAGUAAGGCUGAAACCUCCUCUGCCAAAAACCAACUUAAGUAUCCACCUAACGCUUUUCCUCAUCUAUCUGUCUCUCUUUUUCUUUUUCUGUCCAUUUGCGUUGACAUCUGUUCUUUAAGCUUGCCAGGGAGCGACACUGAAGAUACAAAAGGCAUUACAGGACAGAAACAUUUAGGAAUUAUUUCAUCCUUAUUGUUAUGAGGGACAACAAUUAUUGAAUAUUCAAUAACUCUAGGACAAGAUGAUAAAGUAUAGAUAAAUAUAGAUGAUAACCUACAGAUAAAUCUAGAUAUAAUAACGUAGAUGUAGUUAUAGAUAACAGAGUAUAAUUAGAGUUUCAGAUAUUUAUUUAUUUUGCAUACCGUUCAUGCUCAUGACACGGUCGACGAUCUAGCUACUCUUGAAACCUUGCACUGUUUUCUUCGCAGUCGCAGAGGCCAGAAAACAAACCCCAGUCCACGUGUUUUGACUCUAUGCAGACCUCAUAAGCAUCCUCAUGGUAUUAUUUCGGAGGAGAAACUGCAACGCUGUGGUACUGUAAACGGAUCAGUGUAACAGGAACAAGCGGAUCUGAGAAAAUAUGAAGAUUGACACCACUUUUGCACACGUCACUUGACAUAACACCCACAGUGAAACCCCCUUUCUUUCAUGUACCUCAGUCUCUGUCUUUUGAUCCCUUCUUCCUCCCCAUCUUUCUCUCUUCUCCCGAAAUGUGUUGCCUCCAGGCCUAGUAGUUGAGCAUAAUGUAGUGAAAAUGGGGAUGGGGGGGUUUUGUUUUUGUUGAUUGUUUAUUUGUUUGGCGGGAGUCGAGGGGCGCAAACCUGAACCCCUCUGCCUUUACCUCCUUUCCUUUGGGAGGUUAUGGCAAGCGGGGUGUUUCCCCAAAACCCCCUACAGAGCCGCAGUGCCUUCUGUAUCAGAGUCACAUUUAUCACCCCCCAAUCUCCUCGCCCCUUGCCACCCCGAUCCAUCCCCCCUACCCUCUGUAGUAGACAAGAUCAACCACACUACGCCUUAAAAGUCGAGUUCCACUGGCUCCCAUGCUAGCAUUGAAACAGGGAGAGCUGUGAUUUUGAGACUGGGCCAUGGCGAGGAACUAGCCAAGAGACUAGACUUGACAUAGAGAAAUCACAUCUGGUAUGUGCUAAAUCGCUUAAAUGCAUCACAGAUUUUUGUAAAGGCUGCCAAAAUUUAAAAAAAAAAAAAAAGGAUCCAAGAUCCAUACAGAUCAUCAUUAAUAUACCAGAGGCUGCUAGCAAGCUAGCCCACUUGGCUUCACCUCCCUGUCAGGCGUGGCACAAGGGCGCCAUUUUGUGUCCAUCCCAGAGAUGUCCUGGGUCCAGUUUCAGGCGGUGUAGAGGUUUACAGAGGUGCAAAGCGGUUUGCUUACUUCUCAGGUCCCUCUAGAGUUAGGUAGCUAGUUAGGUAGACAAUGUAGAGAAGAGUCAGCUACAAAACAAGCAGGCCUCAGAUGAGUUAUUGUAUGGUUUUACCUGGCAUGGCGUCAGACGUUGUAAUGUUGACCCCCCCUCCCCUCUCUCCUUUCACUAACCUACAUUACACACUCUGACCCCUCACCUCCCCAUCAGCAGCCUGCCGGCGCACCUACACUCGACGCCAAGCGUGUUGACAGACAGGCAGGAACAAACCACCUCCAUUUUGGCUCCUCAACACCACUCGCUUGUCCAGAAUUGUAACAGCGGAUCCAAAAUGGCCGACACACAACACUGCCCUUGUGUGAAAGCAUGUUGUGUGUGUGCUUUUCCGAGAACAAAUCCCAUUCUUUGGAAAAAAAAAAAAAAAAAAAAAGUGAACAUCUGAUCUUUCGUUCUUUGUUUUUGUUGUCGUUUCAGUGAUUUCUUUGAACGGGGUUUGGGGAGGGUUGCAAAGUCUUUGCUCAGUCAUUCGCUUUCUGUGUCUCCACCUUCGGCUUUUGUCACCCAUCUCUCUUUAACCUCUGACUUAUUUUUUUUUCUUUUCCUCUUCAUCCUGGGACGAAGGAAAAAUAACAAACGCACCACCCCAUCCACUCAGUCGGCUGUGAAAUUGUGUCAGUGGGUCAGUCAUGAGGCGAUGUGUCGACAAAAACACGAAUAAGGGCUCUCUUUAAAAAAAAACUACACAGUGGGUUUUAAUGUACAGUAGUGCUGCCAAAAGUUGUGCUUAUGUAGCUGAAGCCACGCCGUGGUCUCCCCUUUGUACAGCACUAGAUGUGUGCAUGCGUGUGUGUGUAGGGGGUCAAGAGCG